AAGUUUCAGAUCCGUGUAUCAUAUAGAUAGAUAGAUGUGACAGACAGAUUCUGAGAUCAGAAAACGGAACCCUUUUUGUUUGUUUAUCUCUUCGGGGGAAAAAGAAAUCGAGAUGGGUCGGCUGUUCACGGUGGGGCUGAUAUCGGUAUGGUACUCGUCCAACAUCGGAGUGAUCAUACUGAACAAGUACCUGCUCAGCAACUACGGGUUCCGGUACCCGAUUUUCCUGACGCUCUGCCACAUGCUGGCCUGUUCGUUGCUGAGCUACGCCUCCAUCACGUGGCUCAAGAUCGUCCCACUCCAGACCAUCCGCUCCGGCCAGCAAUUGCUCAAGAUAUCGGCUCUGGGGCUCAUCUUCUGCUCCUCCAUCGUCGCCGGUAACGUCUCGCUCAAGUACCUCCCGGUGUCUUUCAACCAGGCAAUCGGCGCCACCACCCCGUUUUUCACCGCCGUCUUCGCCUACUUGAUGACCCUCAAGAAGGAAGGCUUCCUCACUUACGCCGCCCUAGUGCCUGUCGUCUCAGGUGUCGUCGUCGCCAGCGGGGGGGAGCCGAGCUUUCAUCUGUUUGGGUUCAUAAUGUGCGUCGGAGCAACGGCUGCCAGGGCUCUCAAGACGGUGCUUCAGGGGAUUUUGCUGUCUUCUGAAGGGGAAAAGCUGCACUCGAUGAACCUGCUCAUGUACAUGGCACCAGUGGCAGUUGCCUUCCUUCUCCCGACGGCGCUCAUUAUGGAAAAAGAUGUGGUUGGGAUCACAAUUGCACUUGCCAAGGAUGACAAGAGGUUCCUAUUUUACCUGCUCUUCAAUGCUUCGCUUUCCUACUUGGUCAACCUGACCAAUUUCCUCGUCACCAAACACACCAGCGCCUUGACUCUCCAGGUGCUGGGAAAUGCAAAGGGUGCAGUGGCUGUAGUGCUGUCCAUUUUGAUAUUCAGGAACCCGGUGUCGGUCACCGGAAUGCUUGGCUACAGUGUGACUGUAACUGGAGUCAUCCUCUACAAUGAGGCCAAGAAAAGGAGCAAAUAGCAAGUCUUUAGUCGUUUACACUGCCACCAUCACACAGACACAACAAGGAAACUAGCGCAAGAGAAUACUAGCUUUGUUUGUAGAGCAAGGUGGAAGGAAAACCCACCGGGAAGUCCUUCUGUAGUAGACUAGUAGUAGUAGAUGCCAACGUUGGCAUUCAUUUAUAAUUAACAGGAAGAACACUUGAUGCCCAUCUUGAUAUCAAAUGGGAAGCAGAAUUAGGC